AUGGAGAACAUCGAACAUAUUGUGGUUGAUGCUACGGGACAUGUUGCAGGCAAGCUUGCAGGGAAAGUUGCAAAGCUGCUUCUGAAUGGAGUGAAGGUGAGCGUUGUUUGUGCGGAGAACGCGCUACUGAUGAAGAAGAUGGAGGUAGCAAAGGCCAAAUUUAAGGAGUACCUGAACAAGAGGUGCAUUGUGAAUCCAAGGAGAGGGCCGUUCCACUAUCGUGAGCCAAAGAUGCAUCUUGCGAAGAUGAUCCGAAGGAUGAUUUCGUACAAGAAGUGGCGUGGGAAGACGGCCUUGACAAGGCUGAGUGUUUAUGAGGGGAUUCCAGCAGAUUUUGAAGAUUGCAAAAAGCACAAAUUUGCUAAAUGCAUGCACUACUAUCACAGCAUGCCUCAUAUGAAUGUUUCGCUGGGAGAUCUCUUGAGUGAAUUUGGAUGGAAGCACAGAGAGCAAGUCAAGAAGCUUAAUGAAAGGGUACGCGAAAGAGAAAGCUUGAAGAUGAUGAAGAGGGAGGAGGUUGAGAAGCAAUGCAAGGAGAUUAGGGAAACAGGGGACUUCAACGAGGAGGUAAAGAGAAGAAUGGCGAUGUUUGCCUGA